AUGGCGAUUAUCACCUUUAAGAUGGGAUUACAUCCUAAUAGUCCUCUACGCAGUUCAUUGACCAGACGAGCCCCCAAAACAGUUUGGGCGUUAAUGAAAAAAUUCGAAGAAUAUUGUAAAGUGGAAGACGAUGCCCUACGGAUCAAAGCCGGACAAAAAGUUGUUAAGAUAACUCCAUCUGGCCUCGUUCAGCCAAUAAGCAUCUUGCCAUCAAGGAGCCCUGAACCGCGAAAUCGGGCUAAACAAGACAAAAGGCGUGAUAUGCACCCUUCAAGUGAUCAGUGUUCACACAGAUCCAAUGAACAAUAUCAAGUGGAUAGCAGGCGCACAAGACGUUCGGACAAGAAGUAUACGGAAUGGGCGGAGCCAAUCAGCAUGAUCUUAUUCAAAGUCCAACACCUUCCGUUCUUUAAAUGGCCGUCCAAAACGAUGGGGCCUCCUAAUACAAGGAUAAGGGAUAAGCGGUGCGAAUAUCACAAGGACCAUGGCCAUGAUACCGACAGUUGUUAUACACUGAAGGACCACCUGGAAGAGUUGGUACAAGACGGCUGGCUGGCGCAACACAUCCGAAAGAACAAUCUAUCGAACGUAGUAGCCGUACUGCCGGAUUCACCUCCACUUGAUGUAAUUCACAUGAUAUACAACCUGCCGUCAUCAGCCGAGGUACGUACAAUUCAGUUGCAACCAAGCCUGCAUAAGCCAAUCACACCAGCCAAAUGGCACCAUGAAAUUGGGAGGAUUAGCUUCGAUGACACCAACUUAGUUGGAGUAACUCUUCCCCACGCCGACCCCCUCAUCGUCGAGCUACGUGUGAACAGAUUCACAGUAGAAUGUGUUCUCAUUGAUUAG